GGGGGCGGGGCGCGGAGGCGAUGGGGGGCGGCGGCGGCCGGCGAUGAGCGGCGGGCGCGCGUGAGGAGCCGGCGGGCGAGGCUGGGGGGCCCCGGAGCGCGAGCCGCAGGGCGGAGGGCGGGGGCGCGAGCGCAGCGGGCGGCGGCGAGGCGGCGGCCGAGAAGAUGGCGGACGGCGACAGCGGCAGCGAGCGCGGCGGCGGCGGCGGCGGCAGCAGCGGCGGGCCCGGCGGCUUCCAGCCCGCGCCCCGCGGCGGCGGCGGCGGUGGGCCCGGCGGCGAGCAGGAGACGCAGGAGCUGGCCUCGAAGCGCCUGGACAUCCAGAACAAGCGCUUCUACCUGGACGUGAAGCAGAACGCCAAGGGCCGCUUCCUCAAGAUCGCCGAGGUGGGCGCGGGCGGCUCCAAGAGCCGCCUCACGCUGUCCAUGGCGGUGGCCGCCGAGUUCCGCGACUCGCUGGGCGACUUCAUCGAGCACUACGCGCAGCUGGGGCCCAGCAGCCCCGAGCAGCUGGCGGCGGGAGCCGAGGAGGGCGGCGGGCCGCGCCGCGCGCUCAAGAGCGAGUUCCUGGUGCGCGAGAACCGCAAGUACUACCUGGACCUCAAGGAGAACCAGCGCGGCCGCUUCCUGCGCAUCCGCCAGACGGUGAACCGCGGCGGCGGCGGCUUCGGCGGGGGGCCCGGGCCCGGCGGCCUGCAGAGCGGCCAGACCAUCGCGCUGCCAGCGCAGGGCCUCAUCGAGUUCCGCGACGCGCUGGCCAAGCUCAUCGACGACUACGGGGGCGAAGAUGACGAGCUGGCGGGCGGCCCAGGAGGCGGCGCCGGCGGCCCGGGGGGCGGCCUGUACGGAGAGCUCCCGGAGGGCACCUCCAUCACGGUGGACUCCAAACGCUUCUUCUUCGACGUCGGCUGCAACAAGUACGGGGUGUUCCUGCGCGUGAGCGAGGUGAAGCCGUCCUACCGCAACGCCAUCACCGUGCCCUUCAAGGCCUGGGGCAAGUUUGGAGGCGCCUUCUGCCGGUAUGCGGAUGAGAUGAAAGAGAUCCAGGAGCGACAGAGAGAUAAGCUCUACGAGCGACGCGGUGGGGGCAGCGGCGGCGGCGACGAGUCCGAGGGUGAGGAAGUGGAUGAGGAUUGAAACGGGCAGCUUCCCGCACUGGCCUCCCCCCCAACCCCACCACCAUCCCCCCCCCCUUGGUUAGAGAGUUCCCUUUCCUCCUCGUCCCCAGUGAGCUAGUGGAGAGGGAUCAGGGGAGGCCGCCGACGGAGAAAACAAAAUUUAAAAUAAUAUAGUUAAGAGAAAUAACCAUAAGAAAACAGUCACAGACAAUUAGAGAAAAGCAGUAAAGUUCCAAGGAACUGCCAGCAACCUGCAAAGAGGACAGACAGCAGCAUCUCCUCACCUGCGCAAGAGUCUCAGCUUCUGUUUGAAACCAAGGUUCGUAAAUUCAUCAGAAUAACACUGGAGGGGAUAGGUCUUUGAAAGUCUGGGACAAAACCCGCAUCCGAGUUCCCCAGACUCGUCCAUUGGUAAUAGGUGAAUUUGUGUUGUACCUGGGUAACCUGGUCUUAGCAUCCCUCCAGGCCUCGCUGUUUUACCAUCUAUCCCGUCACCUCCAUCGAAAUCAGCAUUUUGGAUCUAGGUCUUAAUGGAAUCUUUGAGAAGAAAGAGGCCUUUGCAGUUACCCAGUUCUGGGGUACAGGUUUAUGAAAAAGAAUGCAAUUUUACACAGUCAUGGACAGGGCAAGCUAAGAAUUCAAGAAGCUAUCGAAGAAUUCAAAAACCAAUUGGAUCCAUUUUUUUAAAAAAAAAAAAUGGUUUUGCAUGGAACCUGGACCAAGGCCCCUGUCUUUUCUUUGCAGAAUUGUUUUCCGGGAUGCAGAUGAAUUCAGAUAUCAAAGCUUGAACUAGAAUC